AUGCCUGGUGGGUUUACAACUUUGACAAAGCUUUUAUGGGUUUACAUAUUCAUUAUGUUUCACUACUUACUUAUAUUUCAAACUCUUUAACAAGUUUUGGCAUUUUCAAAAUUUUUUAAAAAUACGUCAUGAUGACAUAAUUAAAUUAGACAAUCAUCACUUGAUUUUUAAUCUUUAACGCUCUCUCAUUACCUUACCUCACCUAUAAAAAUAUUAUCUAGUAUCUAUUUCAUCAGUAUGACUCAUUUCUAAUAUUAACGAUGACACAUUUUUUGAAAAUACGACAAAUCACUGUAAAUUUGAAAAAACUAUGUUUCUAGUAAUAUACUUAACCUAUAUUUUACUUUUCUACACUAUUUUUUUAUUUUAUUUAUCGUAUUUUACCAUUUUUGGACAUUUUUCUAUUUUUUCAUUACCGUCGAUAAAAUCCGUCAUGAUGACAAUGCCGUUUCUUAUAUUAUGUUUGAUUUGUUUGGUUUAUUUUGCCAUAGUAUGGUGUUUUUUAUUAGCAAAAAAAAACAUUUUUUUUGCUUUUUUUCCUUUAUAUAACGAAUUUUUCAUAAUUAUGGAUGACAUAUUUUUUGGACAUACCACGAUUUACCUUAUUCCGUGAAAAAUAUUUACAUUUUGGGCUUUUCGUUGUAAAAUACAUUUAGAAAUCGAUAGUUUUGGUAUUUUUAUAUUUAUUUUAUUAUAAUUUAGUUUUAACUCACGUAUUUUACUCUAUCUUCUCCCUAAAUUUAUAUUAUUCAUGCCCAAAAUUUGCAGAUAUUGGCCAUAAAAUGGCGUCGUUGAACGAAAUCCUCGGGAAUCAGUUGACAGACUUACUGAAAGCGGAUCAUUCUUCACCAUUCAAACCGAAACAACUUGAAGAAGAUGUGAGAUUAAGGCCCACCGACGACCAGUCGAGAGUUAUCAUGAAGUUUGAGGAGAAGCGAUUGCUUCUACAAGCGAUCUGUGAUCGGAAGGAGGCUUUGUUUGGCCCGAAUGCGGCCAAAAUGAAGCCGGCUCAGAAGCAGGCUUUGUGGGAAGAGGUAGGUCUUUUAAUUCUGUGUUUUAUUUUAGCAGAAAAGUUGAAAUUUCGUCUACUUUAUCGAUUUUUCUGGCGACAAUAUUGAUUGUCACAGGUUUUGGGCGUUGUUUUUUCGUUUUUUUUUCAAGUUUUUAGGUAUAUUUUUUGUGUAAUAGCUAGUCUAAUGCUUGCUGAGUGUAUUCUUAGAUUAGCAUUCCAAAAGGUUUAUUUAUUUACGACUUAUAUGUUGUUGUAGACACCUGGUGGAUAACAUAACUUAUUUGUUAAACUUUCAUUCAAAUUGAGUUGGAAACUGGAUACCUAUAGUAAAAUUAGUUGUAAAAUACGGUUUUGCACGUUUACAUAUAUAAAAGAUUUAUGGAACUGAUCAAAACUUCUUUAUUUCUUCAAAUUUAUAUUAUCCAUGUCCCUCAUAGACCUCGUCUCCUAAAAAUUAAUGUUUCUGAUGUCUAAACUGUUAUUUUUAGAUAAUUUUUAGUCAAAAUAGAUGUAAAAUACAUCAAAGAAGAUUAAACUAAGAUCCAUUUCAGUUUGUAAUUGUUUUACUUUCAGGUAAUUGACACAUUCCGUCAGAACUGUCCAGACUCCACGGCCGAAUUGUCCAGCGGCUACGUUCGAGGCAUCUUCUGGCAAAACCUGAGAAAAAGAACGUUGGCAAAGAAGGAACGUGCCAUGACUGAUGAGAACGUUAAGUUUGACGAAGUAAGUUUUGAGUUUGGCACAGGUUUAUUUUUUUGGAGAUUAUUAUAAAGAAAAUUAAAUUUUUAAAUUUUUAAUAAAAUUUUUUUAAAUUUAUAUAUGACAUUUGAAAAAGCAUGGAAAUUAGCAUCUUUUGACAAAGUUUCAUGUUGUCAUGUCAAUUUAUGACCGAGUUACAUUAAUUUGAAAAUGUCAAAAAUCAAAAAAAGUUCGAAUCCGCUUAGAGGACAUCGGUUUUUCGUGAUAUAACUUUGGUGUGAAACAACGUAUCUAAAGGAACCUUGUGUAAAACAUACCUUAUUUUACGCUUUACAUAACGUAUGUAACAAAUUUUGCAAAAACUUUAUUUCCACUUUAAUCUCGACCUUUCCAGCUCGACGAACUAGUCGCCCAAAUCCUCGGAGACAAAAUGUCCACCCCACCUGCCAGCGUCACGCAUUCAGAAGCCCCAACUACUUUAUCAUACCAGAACAUUUCUGACAUCUUACUACCAGUACUAAAAGACACAUUCUACAAUUACCAGUUGAACAACAGCACCGAUACACAUGAAAACUCCGGCUCGCCAGCUCCAACCUUGAACAAUGUCAACUUGGAUUACUCGAAAUUGACUCCACAUAACAAUAACAAUGAGGAAAGGGCACCAAAACGACCAUUUGAGUUUGACAUGCCAAGCUCAUCGGAGGAACCUCCAGAGUUGAAGAGGGCGAGAAUCAGCAGUCCUCAGGUAGGGUAAUAUGUUGUGGUAGGGAUUUAGUGGUUUUUGAAAAGAAUUUGUAAUAUGAAAUUUUUCACAUUUUCAAUACAAUUUUCAAGUUUUUGCAUUAGGUAUAUAAGAGAAGUUAAGUUCUAUGUAUUUUACAAGUUAUUUCAUUUUCAGAACGUCCUAGCUGAAGCCCGCCUAUCGAAUAUAACGGCCGAAACGGAGAAAAUCAAGGCCGAGACCCGGUUGCUGGAGCUGAAAUACGUUUUAGAGUGCAAGAAGAACAAUUUGAGGCCGGAACGAUUGGCGGACGGUCGAUUCGCUUUUGUCAUAACAGACAAUGACACCAAAUUGGGCGAGGAGAAUAGCCAAUCGCCGGUCAGUUCGGACAAUCUUGAGAUUGACGAACAUUGA